UUUUCCAGUACUAAUAAAAUGUUAACGUAGAGAUGUAUAGAUUUAAUUUGACAGUAAAUUAAUACAGAAUGAGUAACAACGACGAAUCAAAGGCGUUAAUUUGAAAGUAGGUCAAACUAAGUUUAUAUAGUUAAAACAGAUAUAGAGUUAUUAAUAAAGUUAUAGGUUACCUGCAGUGAAAGCGUGUCAAUAGUAAAUAAACCUGACAUAAUGGGUCGCAAAAAACAGUAUCAUAGCGAGCGAUCCCUCAACAAGGGUAAAGAAAAACGCCACAAAAUGAAAGGAAAGUCUCUGGAAACCUUCACAGAAGAGAUGCACGAAGUCUUAGAAGCAAGCAAUAAUGCAGAAUCCGAGGAGGGGAUGGCAUCUUUGAAGUUGCCGUGCCCGUUAGCCAUGUGGGAAUUGGGUCACUGUGAUCCGAAACGCUGCACUGGGCGGAAAUUGGCACGUAAAGGUCUGGUGCGUUGCCUCAGACUCAACCAGAGAUUCAAUGGCAUCGUCCUUAGCCCCAUGGGAAUUAAAUAUGUUACAGCCGCUGACAGAGAAAUUGUGGCUGAAGGAGGAGUUGCUGUGAUCGACUGUUCUUGGGCCAGACUUGAGGACACGCCUUUCAGUAAGAUGAUCGGCUCUCAUCCGCGGCUCCUGCCAUUUUUGGUGGCGGCAAAUCCUGUCAACUAUGGCAAGCCGUGCAAAUUAAGCUGUGUUGAAGCGUACGCAGCCACUUUCUGCAUCGUAGGUUUUAGGGAUCUGGCUGUGCUCUUGCUGAGGAAGUUUAAAUGGGGCUUAGGAUUCCUCGAGCUGAAUAAGACGCUUUUAGAGCGCUAUGCUGGCUGCAAAUCAGAAGAGGAGCUGCUUACUGCGGAGAAGGAGUACCUCAGUUCUACCCCCUCGGAAGAAGAGCAGUUGGAUCCGUUUGAUGUGGACUCAGGAAGAGAGUUUAUGAACCUCAACAGGCCAGUGCGGGUGGAUGAAGAUGAAAGUGAUGAUGCAGAGACAUCAGAAGAUGAGGAGGAGGAGAAUGAGGAGGAAGAGGAGAAAGAUAACAGCUGUAAAGAACAAGCAUGAUAUUGUCUGGAUUGUGGGUUGUCUGGGUUGUGUUUUAAAUGCUUAUGUAAAAAAAGUCAGAAAAGUAUGAAGAAAGUCAUAUCUCGUCACUGCUGGUUCCUCAUGUUUGCUAAUAGGAAUUUAGCAGCUAGUGAGAUUAAGUCACUUUCUGGAAUUUAGCACUAGACUCUAGGUAAUAUGGACAGUAAUAUGAUAAAUAUUCAGCCACAUUUGUUAUUUAAUGUACUUUUCGUGCAAACAUUCACUUUAAAUUUGUUUUUGACUGCAGUUAUAAUUACAAACAAAAUUACAGCUUUGAAACUAUCUAUAAUGCGAAAUAUGAACUUUUUGUAGCUUUGUACAUACAGUAAAGUACAUCCUUUUGUUUAUAUUUAUUAAUCCAACGUGUGUAAAUUUAAGGUGGGAUAUAUGCACUGAAACUAUAAUAAAUAACAAACAGUUGAGCACUUGUUGAGCCUCACAUCAGGUAUUACAUAAAUUCACCAGCCUAAAUUCGUUAAACAAUUAUCAGGUAAAUACUAUUGCGUAUAUACUAAGAGUAUUGUGUAUAUGCAUUUAAAUAACAAUACAAAGGAUCUUUUCAGUGCUCUUCGGUUAAGCAGAUAUAAUUACUAUAAUGUAAUUAUAUUUAAUGUUUGUCUUAAUAAAAUUUCUGACUAAUGAAAUGUAGGAUGUUCUUGAUUCGUCUGUUGAAGAACCCAGCUGCAGUGAGUAAGCUAUUUUUCUAAGAAAUUUCCAAGCAACAUGAGACAACCACCACAGUUCUAGAACAAACUGUAUUUUCCUGAAUUGCAUUAGUCACAAAAAUACUGUCAUGUUUUGGGAUGAACAACCUCAAGAGUCAUGCCAAUGAACACUAUAUAGGCACAAGUAUUGGGACACCUGAUCAUGAGCUUGUUUGACGUCCUAUUCUGUGUCAGUCUCGGCUCUCCUCAACCAGGGUGGAGAUCAACAUCAGUAGAGAGGAAGCGUAAUGCAAUUGGAUAUUCUAAGAAAUGGGAGAAAAAGCAAAAUAAAAAAAAAUAGCUAUAAUAAUUAUGAACAAACAACUAUAUAUUUAUAAACAAAUGUAUUUUGGUAGGAAAAAAAGAGUCAUGCCGAUGUACACUAUAUAGACACAAGUAUUGGGACACCUGACCAUGAACUAGUUUGACAUCCUAUUCCAAAACUUUGUUGCUUCAAUAACAUUCAUUCUUCUGGAAAGCAUUUCUACAUUUCUUUGGGGGUGGCUAAGUGGGUAGCACUGUCACCUCACAGCAAGAAGGUCCUGGGAUUGAUCCCCAGGUGGGGCGGUCUGGGUCCUUUCUGUGUGGAGUUUGCAUGUUCUCUUCGUGUCUGUGUGCGUUUCCUCUGGGUGCUCCGGUUUCCUCUCACAGUCCAAAGACAUGCAAGUGAGGUGAAUUGGAGAUACAAAAUUGUCCAUGACUGUUCGAUAUAAGAAUGUAACCAAAGUGUGUAAGUGAAAAUCCUAAUAAAACAAUCAAACAUUU